AUGGAGAUGCAGUCGUACUACACCAAGCUGCUGGGAGAGCUCAACGAGCAGCGCAAGAGGGACUUCUUCUGUGACUGCAGCAUCAUCGUGGAGGGGAGGAUCUUCAAAGCGCACAAAAACAUUCUGUUUGCCAACAGCGGCUACUUCCGAGCCCUGCUGAUUCACUACAUCCAAGACAGCGGACGCCACAGCACCGCCUCCCUGGACAUUGUCACCUCAGAGGCCUUCUCCAUCAUCCUCGAUUUCCUUUAUUCCGGGAAGCUCGAUCUCUGCGGGGAGAACGUUAUCGAGGUGAUGUCUGCAGCUAGCUAUCUGCAGAUGACCGAUGUGGUCAACUUCUGCAAAACUUACAUAAGGUCCUCCUUAGAUAUUUGCAGGAAAAUAGAAAGAGAAGCUGCUUUUUACCAGGCUGAUAGUGGGAGUGCUAGCUCUGCGAGAGAGGGCACCUCCUACAGCUCCAAGAGCCAGUGCUCUGCCUCUGUCUCUUCCCUGCAGGAAAAGGAAAGGAUUUCGGAUUGCCAAAGGGAUCCUCCCUGCGGGGAGUGCAGCAGCUGCCAUCCCUUGGAGCUGGUGGUCAGAGACCCUGUGAGCAGCGACUCUCCAGAUGAUGCCAACUCCUCCCUGCCCAAAGUGGUGGAACCCAAAGUCGAGUUUGACUCUGAUGAAGUGGAGGUGGAAGUCGGUGGCCGGCUGCCCCAGUACCCCACCCCACUGUCCCUUGAGCAGAUGGAAGAGGGCCUGCAGGGUGGGCAGGCCGUGGACCUGGCCUGCAAUAACUAUCACAUGAAACAGUUCCUAGAGGCCCUGCUGCGCAACAGCUCAGCUCAGAGGAAGGAUGAUGUGGUUCAUCACUUUGUCCGGGGCUUUGAGGGUAGGCCAGAGGAUGCAGGGGUAGCCAUGAGUUCCAUGAUGGACAUUCACAGCGACUGGUAUGGUGAGGACACAGGUGAUGUGCUGGUGGUGCCAAUCAAGCUGCACAAGUGCCCGUUCUGCCCCUACACGGCGAAGCAGAAGGGGAUCCUCAAGCGGCACAUCCGCUCGCACACCGGGGAGAGGCCCUACCCCUGCGAGACCUGCGGCAAGCGCUUCACUCGCCAGGAGCACCUCCGGAGCCAUGCCCUGAGCGUGCACCGCUCCAACAAGCCAAUUAUCUGCAAAGGCUGCAGGAGGACCUUCACCAGCAGCCUGUCCCAAGGGCUGCGCCGCUUCGGCUUGUGCGACAGCUGCACCUGCGUCACCACCACCCACGAGGACUCCAUGCCCAUCAACCUCAGCCUCGUGGAGCCUUCAGCAGAAGGCCAGGAGAAGGGGGAUGCUGAGAAUGAUUGGCCCAUAUAUGUGGAGUCUGGAGAGGAAAAUGAUCCAGCUGAUGAUGAUGAUGAUGGGGAUGACAAGCAGGAGAUCCACAGGAGCUUGUCGGACCGAGAAACUCUUAUGUAG